CGCUGAGUGAGAGAGUGAGUGAGGAGAGGAGAGGAGAGGAGAGGAGAAGAGGAAGAACGACAAAACCGGAGGAGAAAGGCGCUCCGGUUCACGAUGACCUGCAGAGAUUCUGGACCAUGAGCAGGCUCUCUCACAGGCUUCAAAACCUGCUCCUCGGAAACCCACCUGACCUCUCCUGCCUUCUUCUGCUGCUUUCGUUCUUCGGUUGAAGAACUAGACUGUGCCCGCAUUCUCCACCCAAACAAAGAUAAUUGAAGGGUAGAGCUUCGGGGUGUACCUCAGGUGUGACUGGGACUGGGACUAGGACUAGGACUGGGAAAUCAAAGAAAAACAAAGAAAGAUGGAUGAUUUGAAGAAAAGGAGAGAAACUCAAGAGCUUGUGAAUGUCCAUCUUUGAAGACGUUUGGACAGAGGUGUUGCUCGAAAGUGCGAGAAAGGAGAGCAGAAGGGAGAAACGCUCACAGUGUGUCACAAACUUCCUGAGCACCUCCUACAGACAAGCACACACACACAUGACCAAGUGCUAAUACAUUCCUCAUUCCCUCACAAAUGCACACACCCACACUGACACAUGCAUGUGCAGACACUUUGCGACACGCUGCUAAGCCCUUAAACUCCAGUACAUACUGAAUAAUUCAAAGCAGUUACUGGAUAGUAAGCCUUACCAUUAGUAACUGAAUAAUACGCCUGCAGUUUAAGAGGUUCAACACUUUUUACAUUUCAUUGUUGUUACUGAUUAAUUCAUAAUACUGGAUAGUAGAAUUUAGGGGGCCAAGCACUUUUUACAGGCCUUAUAGGGACCCCACACAUACAUUCCUACACUCCUACGCCCACUCUCCGGCCUCAGGAUGAUGUGUGAAGUGAUGCCCACCAUAUCGGAGGAUGGACGUGGGGGAGGCGGCGGGGGUCCGUCCUCUCCGGCCGGCAGCGGAGGGGGUAUGGGCGGUGGGAUGGGGGGUAUGGGUGGGUACGGAGGCCGUGAGUCUCGAGGCGGUGAUGAAGGAGGCAGUACAGGGAAUCUGGAGAGUCUGAUGGUGAACAUGCUGACGGAGAGAGAGCGGCUGCUGGAGAGUCUGAGAGAGACGCAGGAGAGUCUGGGAACCGCUCAGCUGCGGCUACGAGAACUGGGCCACGAGAAAGACUCACUGCAGAGACAACUCUCCAUCGCACUGCCACAGGAGUUUGCGGUGUUGACCAAAGAGCUGAAUGUGUGUCGGGAGCAGCUGCUGGAGAGAGAGGAGGAGAUCGCUGAGCUCAAGGCAGAGAGGAACAACACACGGCUGCUGUUGGAGCAUUUAGAGUGUUUGGUGUCUCGUCAUGAGCGUUCUCUCAGGAUGACGGUGGUGAAGCGACAGGCUCAGUCUCCGGCUGGAGUGUCCAGUGAGGUUGAGGUGCUGAAGGCCCUGAAGUCCCUGUUCGAGCACCACAAAGCACUGGAUGAGAAGGUGAGAGAGAGAUUGCGUGUGGCUCUGGAGCGAGUGGCCGUCCUGGAGGAGGAACUGGAGUCUUCAACCAGAGAGGUGCUGACUCUGCGAGAUCAGAUCAAAAGAAGAGAGCGAGGGAUGGACAACGGAAAGGAGCGGCUCCCGAAUGGCCCGUCGUCCAUCUUGGAUGAUGGAGAGAUCGACAGACAGAGAGAAGGAGAGAUAGAGCGACAGAGGGCAGAGCUUUCACAGCUGAAAGAGAGACUGGCCCUCAUGUGCAGACAGGUUGGAGAGAUUGAGGAGCAGCUGGCAGCUGCAAGGAGGGAAGUGACCAAAACUGAAGAAGCCAAUCAGAAGCUGCAGAGAGAGAUCAAGGAGGCUCUGUGUCAGAGGGAGGACAUGGAGGAGAGAAUUACCACAUUAGAGCGCAGGUACCUCAGUGCCCAGCGGGAGGCGACGUCUCUCCACGACAUCAAAGACAAGCUGGAGAACGAACUGGCCAGCAAAGAGUCUCUCUACAGACAGAGUGAGGAGAAGAACAGGCAGUUGCAGGAACGGCUGGACGAUGCUAAGCAGAAGCUCCAGCAGACCCUGCAGAGAGCCGAAACACUGCCGGAGAUCGAGGCUCAACUCGCUCAGAGAGUGGCUGCUUUAAACAAGGCUGAGGAGCGCCAUGGCAACUUUGAGGAGCGACUGCGACAGAUGGAGGCACAACUGGAGGAGAAAAACCAGGAGCUGCAGAGAGCAAGGCAGAGAGAGAGAAUGAAUGAUGAACACAAUAAGCGUCUUUCGGACACGGUGGACAAGCUGCUGUCCGAAUCAAACGAGCGCCUGCAGCUCCACCUGAAGGAGCGCAUGGCCGCACUGGAGGAAAAGAACGCGCUGUCUGAGGAACUGGCCAAUAUGAAGAAGAUCCAGGACGACCUGCUCGCAAACAAGGAUCAGCUCAUUGCGGAGCUGGAGCGGCUGCAGGCAGAGCUGGAUCAGCUCAGAGGAAGGCCAGGCUCCUCCUACUCCCGGUCUCUCCCUGGCAGUGCUUUGGAGCUGAGGUAUUCCCAGGGGGGCGGCUCCUUACCGGCAGGCUCCACCUCUCACAUGGAUCACUAUGGCAGCACGGGCUCAGGGGGCGUGGUCAGACGGGCGCACCGUGGGCGCUGGGGCGGAGCCAGGGAGGACGCCAGCAAGUAUGGAGACUGGGACAGCGGCGCUCUGCUGGGUCCGGGGUUCGAGGGUGGAGUUGAGGGCGGGUGCUCGGACGAUGAGGAGGACCGCGAGACUCUGUUCGGCUCGGAGCUCCUGUCCCCCAGCGGACAGACGGACGUCCAGACGCUGGCCAUUAUGCUUCAGGAGCAGCUGGAGGCCAUCAACAAGGAAAUCAAGCUGAUUCAGGAGGAGAAGGAGAACACAGAGCUGAGGGCUGAGGAGAUUGAGAGCCGGGUCAGCAGCGUGGCUUUGGACGGACCCCCAGUGCCCCCCUCCUCUCUGGGUCGGGACGCCAGCGGCAGAACCUUCAUCCCUCCAUCCCUUACCUCCUCCACACUUGCCUCCCCCUCUCCCCCCAGCUCGGGACACUCAACCCCCCGCCUGCCCCACUCCCCCGCACGCGAAACUGACCGACAGAACAACAAGGAAGACGACAGGUCACUGGCCCUGCUGGACUCCACCCCUCCCCCCACCCCUCGUGCACUGCGAUUGGACAGGAUGAGCCACACCCACCCUGGUGCUAUGCUGGACGAUAGCCGUGAGUUCCGCAGCCUCUCAGCAGAUGGCAGCAGCUCCAACAGCAGUCAGGAUUCCCUCCACAAGGCCAGCAAAAAGAAAAGCAUCAAGUCUUCCAUCGGCCGACUCUUCGGCAAGAAGGAGAAGGGAAGAAUGGGUCAGCCGGGCCGGGACUCCGCCUCGCUGGCUUCUACUCCCUCUGAUGACCUCGGCUCUGUCGACCCUCUGGGUCUCACCAAGAUGGCCGGGCCUGUGGACAAAGACCGCCGCAGCAAGAAGAAACACGAGCUGCUGGAGGAGGCGUGUCGGCAGGGGCUUCCCUUCGCUUCCUGGGACGGACCUACGGUGGUGUCUUGGCUGGAGCUGUGGGUGGGCAUGCCGGCGUGGUACGUGGCAGCGUGUCGUGCUAACGUGAAGAGCGGAGCGAUCAUGGCUAACCUGUCGGACACCGAGAUCCAGAGGGAGAUCGGCAUCAGUAACCCCUUGCAUAGGCUCAAACUGAGGCUCGCCAUCCAGGAGAUGGUGUCCCUGACCAGCCCUUCGGCUCCAGCUAGCACACGCUCUUCGACCAGUAACGUGUGGAUGACCCACGCUGAAAUGGAGUCCCUGACCGCAGCCACCAAACCAGAGCUGAAAGAGUUCAGCUGGGAUCAGAUCCUUGCCUACGGUGAUAUGAACCACGAGUGGGUGGGCAAUGACUGGCUGCCCAGUCUGGGUCUGCCCCAGUAUAGAAGCUACUUUAUGGAAUCUCUGGUGGACGCCCGCAUGCUGGAUCAUCUGACCAAGAAAGAGCUGCGUGGGCAGCUGAAAAUGGUGGACAGCUUCCAUAGGGUGAGCCUACAUUAUGGCAUCAUGUGUCUGAAGAGGUUGAACUAUGACCGGAAGGAGCUGGAGAGGAGGAGAGAUGAGAGCCAGCACCAAAAUAAAGAUGUGAUGGUGUGGUCAAACGAGAGGGUGAUGUGCUGGGUGCAGAGCAUUGGGCUGAAGGAGUACGCCGAUAAUCUGACCGAGAGCGGCGUCCACGGCGCCCUGCUGGCCCUCGAUGACACGUUCGACUACACCGACCUGGCCCUGCUCCUGCAGAUACCCAAUCAGAACACACAGGCACGACAACUCCUGGAGAAGGAAUACAACUCCUUGAUUGCGAUGGGAACCGAGAGGAGGCCGGAUGAGGACGGCACUAAGACCUUCACUCGCUCCCCGUCCUGGAGGAAGAUGUUCCGGGAGAAGGACCUGAGAGGGGUGACCUCCGACUCAGCAGAGACGCUGCCCGCUAACUUCCGUGCCUCGGCCAUCUCCACACCCUCAGUGACCCUGAGGAAGGUCCAGAGCGAAGUGUCUCCGAGAGGAGAGUCUGGAUCAGUGAGAACGUACUCCUGCUGAAGGGCUCAGAAGAGGGCGCUGCUUUACGUUUCAUUCAGGAGGAGAAAGCGGGAAAAAAAAAAAGCAAUGAAUAUUAUACAUUUCUAAAAAAUAUAAACCUACUGGUCUGACCAUUCUGCAAUAACAGAAGGAGAGGGGAAAAAGACGGAUGACGGAUGAUGAUUGGAAGAAGAUAACAACAAAAAAACCGAAACAACGGAACUUGAGGACAACAGACGUGACGAAUGUAUGACAUAGAGAGGGAGAAUAACGCGGACUGGCGCUGGAGGAAGCGGAUGACUGUUUUAUCUUUCGCUCUAUCGUUCUCUCGUCCCUGUUCUCUGUUCGUGAUGCUGGGAUGUGUGUGCGGUGUGUCUCAGUCGUUCAUUUGUGCGGAGUUCGUUCCUCCCCGCGCCUUUCGUUUGGACCGAAGGAGGUGAAAUCGAGGAGGAGGUGCGUUGGAGAUUUGUGCCACCAUUGGUUUCUUCAUCCUUUCCCACUCUUAGACGGGACGUGGGUGUUUACAUGUUAGCGUAGCAUGGUCAGAAGGGCUUUGCAGACCCCAACACUCCCAAACUCUGUGUGAAAAGCAAUACGGUUGAUAUUUCACUCCAGACAAAGUCCCACAGUGCUGCCUUCAGCUGCUCCCUUACAGGAGGAACCAGUGUGGAAAAGGACUGCAUGGACUGAUAGGCACAGUUCUCACUCCUUUACUCCGGUUUCUGCCAUCGAAACUUUAGAUUAGACUUUCUUUUGGGGUCCCACGGAGACGUCAGUGAGACGCGAACAUAUAGGGGGGGAGAAAGAUAGAGGACGAGGUUUUAGGAAGGAGUUCUGCAGCAUCCUAAUGGACAGAUUCACUUUAAGCCAUAACGGAGGAACCGAAGAGAGAGAGAGAGAGAGAGAGACAGGGAGAGAAAGCAGAGAGAGAGAAAACGUUUAGCUUCUGUGUUGCGAUGCAUGUCAAACAUCCCAGAUGACAAUGAACUAAACCUUUGGGUAAUAAGACAAUGUGAAUUAAAACUUAAAAAAAAAAAAUUCUAUGUGUACAUUAACAUACGACGACGAGAGCCUGGGGAACAAUUUGUAAAAUGUGUGUAUUUUCAUUUUUAUUUUUUAUUUUUUAUGAUAACUAUAUUUAUUUUCUUUAUGUAUGUAUUGAAUAACUGUAUGUACAUGUUCAUUUAAUACUUAAUUCUGACUGUAAUUUGAUUUUAUCUAGUUUAAAGCGUAAAUAUUGGGGAAAAAAAAAGAUAUUAAUAACAUGGUCAUUAAAAUAUGCUACUUGUAUGUGUAAAUUUUGAGAACAAAAUUGUGUUAUGAUUUAAAACAGAACAUUACUGAUGAUGAGGAUGACAGCGGGAGUGGAAGUGAAGAUGCCAUCUGCAAAAUAAACCACGAUGAUAACUGACGAUAAUGGAGAAUAUAAAAAUAAAAAUAAAGUGGUUCUAACGGUAAA